AUGUUGGAGACCCCUGCUUUAGGGGACCUUUAUGUGUCCCUGCCAGCUCCUAUGAUACUGUGGUUCCUCAAACGUGUGUCUUACGCCUCCCUGAGUGGGGUGUGGGCAGGUGGCCUCCCUUGGGUCGGCCUGAUCUCCGUGCCUGUCCUUUCUCCAGGCGGUCAGUACUGGCUCUUCCGAGAGGCAAACCUAGAGCCCGGCUACCCACAGCCCCUGAGUAGCUACGGGCUGGGCCUUCCUCACGACAGAGUGGAUGCUGCAGUGUGGUGGGAGCCCACGGGGCACACGUUCUUCUUCCGAGGAGACAGGUACUGGCGCUUUGACGAGGAUGGGAGCUCCGUGGGCCAGGGCUACCCCAGGAAGGUCAGUGUCUGGGCAGGGGUCCCUGCUGGCCCCAGGGGUGCCUUCCUCAGCCCCGACGCCGCCUACACAUAUUUCUAUAAGGGCAGAUUGUACUGGAAGUUUGACAAUGAGCGGCUGAAAACGGAGCCUGGCUACCCCAAGUCCAUCCUGCGAGACUUCAUGGGCUGCCAGGAGGAAGUGGCUGUGGAGCCGGACCCCGGCCAUCGCUGGCCCGACACGGGAAGGCCCCCCUUCCAGCCCCGGCAGGACAAGGAAACCGAGGAGGGCGCUGCAGCCCCCCACCCAGGCCUGGAGGAGGAGGAGGAGGAGGAGGAAUCUGCCGUGGAGAAGGAGGGUGGGGGGGAGGGGGCAGGGGACGUGGACAUUGUGGUGCACAUCAACGAUUACCCGCUGACGGCGAGCAUUGUCAUGGCGGUGGUGCUGCUGCUGCUGCUGCUCUGCGUCCUGGGCCUGGCCUACGUCAUCGUGCAGCUGCAGCGGAAGGGCCGGCCCCACAUGCUGCUCUACUGCAAGCGGUCCCUGCAGGAGUGGGUCUGAAGCCAGAGAGCUGCUGUGGGGCAGGGGCAGGAAGAGGCCCCUCUCCUCCUGCACCCUCCCGGGAACACGGCCAGACUCUGACCCGUGGCAGGGGAGGCUUAGGGGCCCACCUGUGGGGCUGCAGCCCGGGGCCGGGGGCUGGGCCGCUCUGGCUGGAGGGAUUGUCGGCCUGGUCAAGCGAGGAGAAGAGAUGUGGCCGGCAAGGCAUGGCUUCCUCCUGAGUUGCUGUUGGAGAGGGAUCCUGGGGGUCUUGCCCCGAGACCCUCCAUCCAAGGGGAUGACCCAGGGGCAGCCUUCACUGUGUGGAUCUUCUUCUGCAUGUGUUCCGGAGGCGUGUUUGGAUCUGCCGGCUGGGCCUCGGAGGCAGGGAGGCCCCCUUGUGCCAUUUGCGGCAGCUGGUCUUGGCCAAGAGUGGGCAUCCUUAGUGGCCAGUGGGCCAGAGGCGCAGGAGGGACAGGCUGACAUCCUGAAAACCUUGAUCUAUUUUUGUAAAUUCUUUUCUCCAGAGCCUCCCUGGUUACAAAGCUAAAGGUGGAGAAGUUCUUUCUACUGUAAUCAUAUUUCUGUUCCUACUGAUAUUUACUUCUGCUUGAGCCCCCUGGAGACGCAGCUCAGGCCAAACGGGGGCUUCCACACCACAGCUCUAGGCCGCCCCUUCCAGCCUCCCCCGGUCGCUCCUUGACAUGCACGCAGGCCGGGCCCACUGCUGCCUUCUUAGGUCUGACUGGAGCCCUUGGGAGGUGCUGGAUGUAGCUCUCCACGAGGAGGGGGGGUCUGUGGGUUACGGGGUGCUGAGA